AGAGGACGGUGACGUAGGGCGGCUAGUUGAUCAAGAUGGCGGCCUUCGGCGCAGAUCGCUGGCUGAAUGAUUUACCGAAUCACGCUAUUUUCCAAAAGAUACGCGAGAGGUCAGACUCGGAAUGCGGGACUAGCGGCAGGGAAAAGGCCAAAAACCUGACCUUCUGCCUGGGGGGAGACUUUUUCCUGUGGGACGACCCCGAAGGCGUGUUUUACACCACCAACCUGCGGCAGUUGAACUCCGCUCAGCCCGAGGGCAGCGGGAAGUACCAGACGCUGCAGUGCAUCAACCCGCCCCUGUUCCCGGUCUGCCAGGUGCUGCUCAGCCCCACGCAGCACCACGUCGCGCUGGUCGGACUCAGGGGGGUCUCGGUGCUCGAGCUGCCCCAGCGGUGGGGCAAGAGGUCCGAGUUCGAGGGGGGCCGCGACACCAUCAACUGCAAGACCAUCCCGGUGGCGGAGCGCUUCUUCACCAGCUCGCCGUCGGUGAGCCUGCGCCAGGCGGCCUGGUACCCGAGCGAGACGGACGAGCCCCACCUGGCGCUGCUCACGUCCGACAACACCAUCCGCUUCUACGGGCUGAAGCUGCCCCACACGCCGGCCAAGGUGCUGCCCGUGUCGCAGUCGGAGGACGAAAGCAGCCUCCACCCGCCGGCGCGCUCUUACGCGGCGUCUCUGGGGGAAAUAGCCGUGGCCUUUGACUUCGGCCCGGCGUGCUGCCCUCCUCGGCGGCUGGCGGCUCAAUGCGCCAAGGACCGGCCGGUUUAUCCCCUCUACGUCCUCUAUGAGAACGGGGAGACCUACGUGAGCUACACCGGCCAGGCGAACGGCCUGAGCGCGACCAGACCGGCCGGGCCGCUCCCCAUGUACCCGGCGGCGGAGGACAACUACGGCUACGACGCGUGCGCCGUCCUGUGCCUGCCCUGCGCGCCUUGCAUCCUGGUGAUCGCCACCGAGUCGGGGACGCUGUAUCACUGCGUGGUGCUGGAGUCCGAGGAGGAGGAGGAGGCCGGGGCGGUGGAGACGUGGAGCGGGGGCGCGCAGGCGACGCCGGCCCUCUACGUGUUCGAGUGCGUGGAGCUGGAGCUGACGCUCAAAGUGGCGGCGGCGGAGGAGGACGACGCGCAGGAGCUGGACUUCACCUGUCCCGUCCGGCUGCACAGGGACCCGCUGUGCCAGCAGAGGUACCACUGCACCCACGAGGCCGGCGUGCACAGCGUGGGGCUCAUAUGGCUCCACAAGCUGCAAAGGUUCCUGCGCUCCAACGAGGAGGACAAGGACGGCCUGCAGGAGCUGGCCGCCGAGAAGCGCUGCAUCGUGGAGCACAUUCUCUGCACCAGACCCCUGCUGAGCAGCCAGUCGGCUCCGGUGCGCGGCUUCCUCAUCGUCUCCGACCUGUCUCUGGGCGCCACCAUGGUCUGCGUCACCGCCGGCUACGAGUGCGUCAUGCUGCCGCUGCUCAGCUCCAUCCGGCCGCCCUCCCCGCCGCUGCUGUGCUCCGAGCCGGGCCCCGGCUCCGCCAGCUCGCCCCUCCGCGGCCUGGCCAGCAGCGACUCCUUCGAGCAGCACAUCCGCCGCGUCCUGACGCGCAGCUCCAACAACCCCGUGGUGCUGAAGGCCGGCGACAAGGAGGCGUCCCCGCCGCCCGCCGAGUGCCUGCAGCUCCUCAGCAGAGCCACGCAGGUGUUCCGGGAGGAGUACAUCAUGAAGCAGGACAUGGCCCGGGAGGAGAUCCAGAGACGGGUGAAGCUCCUGACGGGCCAGAAGGCCAAGCAGGUGGAGGAGCUGGCCCUGUGCAGGGAGGAGAAGAAGAGCCUGACGGAGGCGGCGGAGAGGCUGGCCGACAAGUACGAAGACGCCAAGUACCGACAGGAGACGCUGAUGAACCGGGUGAAAAAGGUGCUGUGCAGCCUGCAGAGCCAGCUGCCCGUCCUCUCCAACAGCGAGAAGGACAUGAAGAAGGAGCUGCAGAGCAUCGGCGACCAGCUGAAGAACCUGGACAACUGCAUCCGACAGGUGAACAUGAAGAUGGCGUACCAGAGGAAGCAGGUGGACAAGGACACGUCUGCGUCCCGGGCGCCGGUGCCGCUCAACGCGCAGCACAAGAAGGUGGUCCAGGAUGUCCUCAGAGAGCAGGGACAGCAGAUCGGAGACAUGAUGAAGCAGAUCAAAGACAUCAAAAGUCACUUCAGCUUCUAAGCUCCGCCAAAUGUUUCCGUCUUUGGUCUCUGGUGGCUUUACAAGUGUGCCUUUUUUUGUCAUUUACUGAAAAGUUAUGUUUUGUUGUUUGUUAGGAUGGGCGCCAUCUUUGUUCUUUAUGUCCAAGAGCAGAAAAAGACUCAAUUUGUUAGCUUUUAGAAUACAAGAAAUAAACUUUCAUCUAUUAAUUUCUCUUCUGUUCUUAUCAAAUGCAUCACCAUGUUCAGCUGUUUUAAGAUACAGAAAAUAAAAAGUGAAAAAUUAGUUAAAGAAUAAUAACUGCGGUCCAGCAGUUUUUAGAUUUAGGUUUUUUAACCCUGGCGUUUUUUCUAGAUGUUCUCUGCUAGAGUUGGUAAUCGAUUCAUAUUUUAAGAAUCAAUUUUAUUCUUAUUCUUAAGAUUUAGAAUCGAUUCUUUCUUUUUUUUUCUUUUUUUUAUUAAAUAAAAAUUUUUUAUCCGAUCUCAAACUGGACUGCUGGGAUAAAAAAAAUGUAGCUGUUACCUGAAUUAUGUGACUAGUUAGGCAACAUAAUAUUAUAUUAACAUUCAACAGCAAAUUAAUAAGGUAAUAGUUAAUGGGGGCUGUAAGGUCAGUUGAAAAUGCAUUUUUUAAAUAAUUUUUUAAUCUUUCUCAUAAUAUGAGAAUUGAUUCAGAAAUGUAAAAUUAAACAGCCCUAAUAUCUGACAGGACUUUAAAUGUUUUACAUUUCAUAUUAUCAGUUUUUGUUUAAAAUAUUUAUGCAGAUUUUGUUGAUUUGCUUGUUUAUUACUUUUCACAUAAUUCUUUAAAUUUUGUUUGGGCAAUUCUAAAAAAAUAAAGUUUAAAGAAGUCACAAAUUAAAUGAGCUUUGGCUUGAAAACAAGGAUUUCAGUUGCAGAUUAAAACUCAUACAUUACUCACGAAGCUCCAUGUAUAUUGAGAGAAGGUGUUACAUUUAGGUAAUAAUAGUAAAAGGGUUGGACUUGCUUGACAGAGUUUAAAACAGUUGAUGGUCAUGUUUAAUUUGCAUAAAGUAUGAAGUUAAAUUGGAUUAAUAAUGGAUAUACACAGCUAAAUUCAUAUUUUAUU